CUCCAUGACUGUGUGUGUGUUAGUGGUAAGAGAACCGUAAUAUAGAAACACUGGUGCGGGAAUUGUGUCAGCACGUCCUGCCUCCUUUACUUGAUGGUGACCCAAGGGAACAUCAGAGAGUGUUACCGCCAGUGAGGGACGCUAUUGGUGCAGUCAGUGAGAGACAGCAACACCCUGUCUCUGGGCCACGACUUCACCGCCCACGUGUCCCGCCAUCAUCUCCAUCAAUACUACCACACGCAGGGUCUUCCUACUAGAGGACCUACUGCCAUGGAGGGUCCCAACGGCUCUCCUGAAGGCGAUGGCGACAGCGAGGGCAGCGUGCGAGGAGGCGUGGAAGGGAAAAAGAACAACAGCGCCCCCUGGACUAAGACGCCGCGGGGAAACGCCGAAAUUGAGGCUGACGGAGGGGAAGGCGGUGAGGGAAGUCCGGUCAUUCGUCUGCUGGUGCUUGGAGGUCACGCCGUCGGAAAAUCAGCCAUCACCGUGCGCUACCUGACGCGUCGCUUCAUUGGGGAAUACAAGUCGCAAGUUGACAUUAUCUACAGACAGACUCUUCAGAUUGACGAUUUUCAAGUGGAACUGGAAAUCGUCGACAUCUCCUCAAGACCAGGCGACAACACUCUGCCCACUAUGGAGAUCUGUCAAUGCGACUGUUAUCUGGUGGUGUACAGUGUGGCUGAGAGACACAGCUUCCUCACCGCAAACCAGCUGCUUCACGCCAUCUUCAAGCUGCGCCCACACUCCCCUCGACCCCCCAUCACACUCCUCGGGAAUAAGCAGGACCUGGAGCAUUCCAGACAGGUCAGCCCAGAGGAAGGCGCCACCACAUCCACUGUGUUCGGCUGCGACUUCGCUGAAGUGUCUGUAGCGGAGACCAGCGAGGACAUCGUUCCUGUCUUCACCUCCCUCAUCAGGCGGGCCCGAGAGGCUGCCUGCUUGUGUCCAGCCUCCCCCACCUCGCCCCUCAACACAAUGCGUGCACCUUUGCCUGCGUUGUGCCGGCACGUCAACGGCAGGACAUGUAGGCUUUGCUUUUACAAAGGGAAGGAAUUAAAGGACUGGGGCAGCGUGCGCAGUGGCGGGCCCAGCAGGACUUGGAGCGGUAUUGAUGAGCGAGUGGGAGUGCCGGCCACAGAGAAGGAAACCAUGAAUAUAAAAAAUUGCCAAAACAAAAAACAAGUGGCUAGGUCGUUAAGCUCUCCGCUUCAAAACAAGAAAAGUUUGUCUUCUGAAACUUUGAUCAAAGAAUCGCUUGAGUCUCAGUUGUGGUCACGGGUGUCCCAAACUCCUCAAGAGACGGACGAAAAUGUGACAGCACCUCAACUGGAUAACGUUUCAUCUUCAAGAAAAGAGACCAUGGCCAAGAAUAUCGAAGCUCCACCCGGACACGUCCCGCUCGCUAGAUCUUUCAGUUCCCCAGACGGAUGGAGUGAGAGGGAGCUGAACGGUGAGGAUUCCUUCAAUUCCACCACCAAACCGAUCAGAAAUUCUCCAGACAUUUUCGCGCAAGUAAAGCCUCAGCCUACGCCCUUGCCACUGUUGACGAGAGGAAGGUCCUUCAUAAUGGACUCAAUAAGGGCAGAGAGAAGCCACGAGUGUCACUGUGGAAUCCAGAAGCGCACGCGAUCCUUCAAAAGCAGCGGUAAGGUGGAGAUCGUUACACUGAAGAAGGCCGAGAACAAGCAAUGCAACAAAGAGGAAACAGCCAAGCUUACCCUUAGAGGAGCCGCCCACCACGAGAGGUCGCCAUCCAAAACUUUUGCCAACAAGCUCCUGAAGCGCGAAAACGGCGUCAACCAGAAGGAUCGACUUGAGGAGAAGCAGCCGUCCACGCUCUCCCUCCCAGCGGCGUCCAGGUCUCCUCGCUCCCCCCGGUGGCUUCCCAUGGACAGUCUGGACGCCUCGGUGGAGGAUGGGUGCACCUCGCCCAACAGCAGCCGCCAGAGGAAAUUUUCAGUGUUCGGGGUUGGCAGGGCGCUUGGGAAUUUCCUGUCCAAAGGCUCUCUCCCCGACCUUCCUCGUGCCACUGCUAACAUUUGCGACAAAUUUGGAUCCUUAAAGAAGACGAUAAAGAAGCGGUCAGUAUGAGGCGGCUCCGCGGUUCAAGAGCUGCCAUGUUCUGUGAUACGUUGUAGCGACGCCCCGGCAACACGGAGGCCGCGCUGGCGAUAUUGUGUGAGUAUAGCGCGUAAGAGAUUGUGCGUACAGCAUGGCACGGUCCAGGAGUGAAGUGAAGCAGGGUUAUCUUCCUGUCACCCCCUGGCUUGCCGAAAUUACCACCACCACCAUCACCACACAAAAUGUUCCCCUUCACACACACGUGCUCACUUGCUGCCACAACGGGUUAUAUUUUCCAACAAAAACCGAUUAAAAUUUAGAGCAGUGGUGAGGCCAGUGAGCAUGACGAUCUGGGAGUAUCGCACCACGCACCGCUGAGUCACGACAAUGAAGAUAGGCAGUUGAGAGCAGCGCCAUGGAGAACCAUAUCUAUAUUCCUCUUUUAUUUGCACCAACAAAGGUGUAUAUCGUUUUUCAUAUCAUCUGCUGUUGCAACAAUCAAUUAACCAGAGCACACCGAUUCACCUUUGAUCAUAGUCCGUUAUCAAAUAUCACUCGUCAUCUUGCAACGUUAGAAAACUAAUUAUACUGUUCAUUCAAUCUGUGUAUAAAUGAAGAUUUUUGAAAGAUACAAACAGGGACGAACAAUGAAAGUUUCCAGUGUUAUACAAAGCAAAAGAUAAACAAAAA